UUUUUGAGGAAUUCAGUAAACAUGGCGAUCGAUAGCAAUUGGAAGGCGUGGAUAUCCGACAGGCUGAUUUCGCUUCUGGGAUAUUAUCAGCCCGUAAUUGCGCAGUAUAUUGUUGCAUUAGCUAAGCAAGCAAGAUCGGCUGCGGAGGUGCUGGUGAAGCUAGAGGAAUGUGGGUUUCCGUCCUCGGAUGAAACUCGUACGUUUGCUGAAGAAAUCUGUAUCAGAUUUCCUUGUACAGCCUCUGCAAAUGAAAAUCUGCAAGAAAUUGAAGCGGUUAUGUUGGCGAGGAGGCAGAGGAAUUACCCAAUUUUAGAUGCUGCUGAUGAUGAAGAUAUUGGGGCUGGGCCUGGGGCUGAGAUCGAUUCUGUGACAGGAAAGGGGGGCAGUCGACAUAAAAAAGGAUUCAGAAAGAAGGUUGAAAGCGGAGAAGAUGAUCAAGAUGAUGAGAUGAGUUUCAAAGUAGAAGAGAAGGGAAGAGUUAAAAGGAGAAAGAUUUCCUGUGAUGAGGAUGAUGGCUCAGAGUCAGAAGAAGAAAGAGAAAGACUGAGGGAUCAAAGGGAGAAGGAGGAAUUAGAAAGGCAUAUAAGAGAGAAAUAUAAAGCGGGUACUAGGAAGCUGAUGGAGCCAAAGUUAACGCGGAAAGAAAAAGAAGAGGCAAUUCGGAGAUCCAAUGCUCAGGAGCAGAAUGAUAUUGGAAGUUUAAGAGAAGCUUCAAGACGUGAAUACCUGAAGAAAAGGGUGCAAAUGAAGCUGGAGGAACUCAGGGAUGGUAUAGAAGACGAGCAAUACCUUUUUCAUGGAGUAAAACUUACUGAAGCAGAAUCUCGUGAGCAAAGGUAUAAGAGGGAAAUGUAUGAGCUUUUGAAGAAGGGGUCAGAAGAGGAUGAGAAUUCAAAUUUGUACAGGAUGCCAGAAGCAUAUGAUCAGCAAGGGGGUGUUGAUCAGGAGAAGAGAUUUGCUGUGGCUUUGAAGCGUGUCCGGGAACAGAAUGCAGGACACAAAGUGGAUCCAUUUGCAGAACAGGAGGCGUGGGAGGAGCAUCAAAUUGGUAAGGCAACUUUCAAUUUUGGUUCAAAAAAUAGAAUGCAAACAGCUGAUGAUUUUCAGUUUGUAUUUGAUGAUCAGAUUGAGUUUGUCAAGCAAUCAGUGAUGGAUGGGGAUAAUUUUGAUGACAAGAUGACAAUGGAGUCAACUCAAAAGUGCAUGGCAAAAUCAGCUUUUGAGAAACUACAAGAGGGAAGAAAAUUUUUACCUGUUUACUGUUAUCGAGAUGGGCUACUCCAAGCUGUUAAUGAUCAUCAGGUUCUUAUUAUUGUGGGAGAAACCGGUUCUGGAAAGACCACACAGAUACCUCAGUAUCUUCAUGAAGCUGGCUACACCAAAUGUGGAAAGGUUGCCUGUACACAGCCUCGGAGAGUUGCUGCUAUGAGUGUUGCUGCACGAGUUUCUCAAGAAAUGGGUACCAAACUUGGACAUGAGGUUGGUUAUUCCAUCCGUUUUGAAGAUUGCACCUCGGAAAAAACUGUCCUGAAAUAUAUGACAGAUGGAAUGUUGCUGCGGGAAUUGCUUGGUGAGCCAGAUCUUGCAAGCUACAGUGUGGUGAUGGUGGAUGAGGCUCAUGAAAGAACUGUGUCCACUGACAUUCUUUUUGGAUUGGUGAAGGAUAUAGCACGGUAUAGAAAGGAUCUCAAGCUACUCAUCUCAAGUGCUACACUUGAUGCAGAGAAAUUCAGUGAUUUCUUUGAUAAAGCUCCGAUUUUCAAGAUUCCUGGCAGGAGGUAUCCUGUUGAGAUACAUUACACCAAAGCGCCAGAAGCCAAUUACUUGGAUGCUGCCAUUGUCACUGUGCUCCAAAUACAUGUGUCACAACCUCCAGGAGAUAUUUUGGUUUUCCUCACUGGUCAGGAAGAAAUUGAGACAGCAGAAGGAAUUUUGAAGCAUAGGGCAAAAGAUUUGGGGACGAAAAUAGCUGAACUUAUAAUCUGCCCUAUAUAUGCCAACCUUCCAACUGAACGUCAAGCUAAAAUAUUUGAGCCAACCCCUGAAGGUGCACGUAAGGUUGUCCUGGCCACAAAUAUUGCAGAAACCUCAGUAACCAUUGAUGGGAUUAAGUAUGUAAUUGAUACAGGUUUUUGCAAGAUGAAAUCAUGUAACCCAAGAACUGGGAUGGAGUCUUUACUGGUAACCCCAAUCUCUAAAGCUUCAGCCAAUCAACGUGCUGGUCGAUCUGGACGUACAGGUCCAGGAAAGUGUUUCCGGUUGUAUACUGCACACAGUUAUUGCACGGAGAUGGAUGAUAAUACAUCUCCAGAAAUACAACGGACUAAAGUUGCUAACGUUGUCCUUGCUUUGAAGAGUCUUGGAAUAAAUGACUUGCUGCAUUUUGAUUUUAUGGACCCACCACCAGCUGAAGCACUACGGAAGGCACUGGAACUUCUCUUUGCAUUGAGUGCACUAAAUAAACUUGGGGAGUUAACUAAAGUUGGCAGAAGAAUGGCAGAGUUCCCUCUUGAUCCCAUGCUAUCCAAAAUGAUAAUUGUUUCUGAAAAGUUCAAAUGCUCAGAUGAGAUCAUUUCAAUUGCUGCAAUGCUUUCUGUUGGGAAUUCAAUUUUCUAUCGUCCAAAGGAUAAACAACUUCAUGCUGAUAUUGCAAAGAUGAGAUUUCAUUUGGGAAAUGUUGGGGAUCACAUUGCCUUGCUUAACAUUUACAAUUUUUGGAGGGAGACAAAUUACUCAGAACAGUGGUGUCAUGAAAAUUAUAUUCAGGUCCGGAGUAUGAAACGUGCCAGAGACAUCAGAGAUCAAUUGGAGGGGCUUUUGGAGAGAGUUGAAAUUGAACUAACAUCCAAUCCAAAUGAUUUAGAUGCUAUAAAGAAGGCCAUUACAUCUGGAUUUUUUCCUCAUUCAGCAAGGCUGCAGAAAAAUGGUUUCUACCAAACAGUGAAGCAUCCACAGACUGUUUACAUACAUCCGACCUCUGGGUUGGUUCAGGUGCUGCCAAGAUGGAUUGUAUACCAUGAAUUGGUUCUUACAACCAAAGAGUACAUGAGAACAGUUACUGAGCUGAAACCUGAGUGGUUGGUGGAAAUUGCUCCUCAUUAUUACCAGAUGACGGAUGUUGAAGAUCCUGGAUCAAAGAAAAUGCCAAAGCAACAAGGUCAUCCAUUAGAGUAAUUGCUUGCAUCUUCUGAUUUGUUUGAAGAAGCACCAUUGCUUAUGUAGGGGUUGAACGAGACACAUAAGCAACAAUGAACCUGGUCCCUGAGAGUUUGCCAAAUAAAAAGGUGGAGAUGCCCAACUUGAAUAUAAAACCACAAGAUAAUGAUUUAUUGAAAAUAAUAGCUGUAAUGCAUACACGAGAAGUGAAUACUUAGGGACAGAUGAUCUCCAUUUUGCAAAACAAUUUCUUCUAUUGGAUAGAUUUUAGAAGUUGUUUUGUGGAGGAUAAAAGGAUUUCCUUUUUUAAUCUCCAAAGUAGCUGACACUAUUACUGGUUGUGUCCUUUGGAUCCCCAAGUUGAAGAUUGGUGAAAAUGCGGACUGCAUACCUCAUAGUGGAUGGUGGAACCUGCUUUAGCAAGGUGUUAUUUUGAAAGAUUUUCUUUAAUUUGCGUUUGCAUGUUAUAAACUGUUAGAUUAGCCUCAAAAAUUUUCCCCUAUGGACUAAUGCUGGAUUUGUUGAUCUAUUAUCUUAUGGUGUUCUCGUUACAUCCUGCAGACCUUUAUAGAACCAGGAAAAAUAGAAACUUGGAUUGUUG